AUGGUUGGCAAUACGGAACACUAUUCAGCAUCUGACUGGGUCGAGGACAUCAAAUUGGCUCAAGAGGCCCAUAUCGAUGCCUUCGCCCUCAACAUGGCCAGGGGCGAGCGGAUGAAUGCCAAAGCUAUCGCAGAUGCCUUCUCAAACGCUGAGGCACUGGGUUUCAAGCUCUUCUUUUCUUUCGACUACGCUGGACGUGGCCCCUUCUCCAAAGACGAGGUAGUCUCAUGGAUCAAAAAGUACGCCCCCAUCAGUGCUUACUUCCGGCACCAAGGAAAACCCUUUGUCUCGACUUUUGAAGGCCCUGAUCAGGCUGAAGAUUGGCACGACAUCAAGGCUGCAACUGGCUGCUUUUUUGUACCGGAUUGGUCGUCUUUAGGCGCUGGUCCUGCUGUACGAGCAGCUGGUGGUGUGGCAGGUGGCCUCUUCAGCUGGGCCGGCUGGCCAUGGGGAGCUCAGGACAUGGAGACCUAUGUCGAUGCCUCGUAUGUUGAGGCUCUAAAUGGCAAGCCAUAUAUGAUGCCUGUAUCCCCAUGGUUCUAUACCAAUCUUCCUGGAUAUAACAAGAAUUGGAUGUGGCGUGGCGAUCACCUAUGGUUUAACCGUUGGAUCCAGGUUAACACCCUUAUGCCUGAAUUCGUUGAGAUCAUUUCAUGGAACGAUUACGGAGAAAGCCAUCACAUCGGACCAAUUCGGGACCACGCUCUUGUUGCUUUCGAUAAAGAUUCAGGCAAGGCCCCUUACAUGUACUCACUCGAUCAUCAUGGCUGGCGAGUUCUACUACCGUUUGCUAUUGAUCGAAACAAGAACAGCAAGGCAGUUGUCACAUACGAGGGAGUUUCUUUCUGGUACCGCCCUACUCCUAAGCGAGCUUGCGACACGGGUGGAACAACGGGCAACACUAUUUCACAACUGCAGAUGGAGUUCCAGCCUUACGAUAUCAUCGACGACUCAGUAUUCUUCACUGUCCUCGCCACCGAAUCAGUAAAGGUCACUGUGUCUAUCGGAGGCGCUGAGUCCCAGGGCAUACUACGGGAUUUCCCUGACGGCGGCGUUGGCCUGUACCACGGAAGUGCACCCUUUAACGGCCGAACGGGCAAUGUUAAGAUUGCAGUAUGGCGCAAGGAUAUCCUUCUUGCUGAGAAGUCCGGCCCUGCAAUCAACAAUGAUUGUCAUAACGGUAUAGAAGACUUUGACGCAUGGGCUGGGGGUGGUUUGACCUCCAAGGCCUCAAGACCGGUUAACCCCAUCUCUUGA